AGCUUCCCGCAGGGAGCAAAGGGCAGCAGGAGCGUGUCCCUGCCUGGCCGGCACUUCCCGGGGAUUUCGGACAGCAAAGGGACCACGGCGAGGAGGAAGAGGAGGAGGAAAGCUCCUGGGAAUUCCUUCAGCUCCCCGGGCUCGUUCCCAGGCCAUGGCGGCCACCACGGUGACCGACGCCGGCAGCGUGAGGAUCAUCACGGAGGUGAUCCCGGCCACGGAUCCCCGGGCGGCCCAGCUGGCCUCAGGCUCCCAGGCACCUGCCAGGACCUCAUUCCAAACACAAGGCUUCCGGAGGGCUCAUCCCAAGGUGUUGGGGACCAUCCACAUCUUCACUGGAAUUGUCCACAUCUGCUUCGGGAUCAUCCUGACACCGUCGGAGCACAGCAACCCUUCCCUCCCUGUGGCCAGCGGGAUCCUCUUCUGGCUGGGGAUCCUGCUCCUGGUCUCGGGCUCGUUGCUGGUGGAAAGUGAAAGGAGAGACAGCCCUGUGCUGGUCAAGACCUGCUGCGUGGUCAGUGUGGGCGUUGUCCUGGGCACGCUGGUGGCCACCGGGAUCCAUGGCACGGCCAUCUCCCGGAUCAUGCCCGGCUGCGAGAAGCCCCAGCCCUUCCAGACCCGCCCGCAAUGGUGCCUCAACACAGAGAGCAAGACGCUGAGGAACAGCCUGGAUUCCAUCUUGGUGCUCCUGGGCCUGCUGCAAUUCUGCGCGGCCGUGGCGGUUCUGGCGUUCGGAUACGACACGGUCCGGCAGCACACAUACACCCAGCUGGCGCUGUAGCCGCGGCCCAGCCCCGCACGUGCUGCCGCAUCCCGGGGGGUUCCCCGCUACCGGAGCCCCCUGGGAUGCCCUCAGCCUGUUCAGCCCCCAAUAAAGGCUUCUCCCCCA